AGUCUACAGCAAAUAAUCAAUCUAUGGCAAAUUGGAUUCAUCUCCAUACUGUAAGGCAUACAGAAAUGUGAUGAAUUGCAUGUGACAGAAGCUAAUUUGGUUUACCAAUAUGAAAACAGUACUCCUCAAGAGCAACUAUCAUCACCGUGUAUUGUGCAGCUGCUGUGGCCUAACCUAUAGCAGCUUUUUAUUCCCUUAACAAGAGGCACCUUGUGCUCUUGGCUCUAUGGAAACUCCUCUGAUUAGGAAUAGAGCCCUUUCUGGCGUGCUCUCCGUAAUUUUGGUUCAAUGCAAACCCUUUAGUUCCCGGUCAGUCUGUAGAACAAAGAGCUUGUGUAGGCUAUCUUAAGGGCUGAUUGUUAUUCUGUGUAUUUUUCCAAUCAUUUGGAACAAAACCAACACAUAUCUAUAAUUAUUGAAUGUGUGUGCAGAGUCCCUUUCUUCUCUUUCCUUCUUUCUCUCUGUUUUGUAACUACUCACUGCUUUUGCUUUUGCUGGGUUUUACAGUGUUGUUGCCAUGUUAUCUCUUUUCUCUGACACAUUCUCUUUAAAGUCUUUCCUUGCUGUUCCUCCAAUCUUGCUUGAUAUGUGUUUCUGAUGGGGCUCCAGGACCGCAACGAGAAACUGUUCUAUCGGGUGCUAGCGUCAGACAUCGAAAGGUUCAUGCCCAUCAUUUACACCCCCACUGUUGGCCUGGCCUGCCAGCAGUAUGGCCUGAUAUUCAGAAGACCAAGGGGGCUGUUCAUCACUAUUCAUGACCGAGGCCACAUCUCUACAAUUCUCCAGAACUGGCCAGAAAAGGACGUCAGGGCGGUGUGUGUGACGGAUGGAGAGAGGAUCCUGGGGCUGGGAGACCUGGGCUGCUGUGGCAUGGGCAUCCCAGUGGGUAAGCUGGCCCUCUACACAGCCUGUGGAGGUGUGUCGCCACAGCAGUGCCUGCCUGUCAUGCUGGAUGUAGGCACAGACAAUGAGGUGCUGCUGAAGGACCCUCUCUACAUUGGGCUGAGACAUAAGAGAGUGCGAGGCCAGGCCUAUGAUGACCUGCUGGAUGAAUUUAUGAAGGCUGUGUCAGACAGGUAUGGAAUGGACUGUCUGAUUCAAUUUGAGGACUUUGCAAAUGUUAAUGCUUUCCGGCUGCUGAGCAAGUACCGCAACAAGUACUGCACAUUCAACGAUGACAUCCAAGGUACUGCUGCAGUGGCAGUAGCUGGACUCCUGGCAGCUCUCCGCGUCACCAAGAGCAGUAUGUGCGACCAUACCAUUGUGUUCCAAGGUGCAGGGGAGGCAGCGAUGGGAAUUGCUGAGCUGAUCGCCAUGGCCAUGGAGAAGGAGGGACUCGCUAAGGAAAAGUGUUUGGAAAAGAUCUGGAUGGUUGAUUCCAAGGGCCUCAUUGUCAAGGGCCGAGACCAGCUGACUCAUGAGAAGGAGAGGUUUGCUCACGAGCAUCCACAGAUGAAGAAACUGGAGGAUGUGGUUCGGGAACUGAAACCCACAGCUAUCAUCGGUGUGGCGGCUGUUGCCGGAGCCUUCAGCGAGCAGAUCAUCACAGACAUGGCUUCCUUCAAUGAACGCCCAAUCAUCUUUGCCCUCAGCAACCCUACCAGCAAAGCAGAAUGCACUGCUGAGCAGUGUUACACACUCACAGAGGGGCGGGGCAUCUUUGCCAGUGGCAGCCCAUUUGACCCUGUCACCCUGUCCAAUGGGAGGACGUUCUACCCUGGUCAGGGAAACAACGCCUACAUCUUCCCCGGUGUAGGCCUGAGUGUCACCGUUUGUGGCAUCCGACAUAUUACAGAGGGAAUCUUCCUUGCUGCAGCAGAGGCUCUUGCUCACCUGGUGACGGAGAAAGACCUGGCGGAGGGAAGGUUGUAUCCUCCUCUCAGCUCCAUCAGGGACGUCUCUCUCAAACUGGCUGUAAAGGUCAUGGAGUAUGCCUAUGAGCACAACAUGGCGACACUUUACCCGGAGCCGUCUGACAAAGAAGCAUAUUUGCACUCCCUUACCUAUAGCACUGAUUAUGAUGAGUUUGCUGUGGACUCGUACCGCUGGCCAGAGGACAGUAUGAAUAUGCAGUCGUGCAAACUUUAAAACACUGGACAGAGAGACGGAAUAAGCGCUGGAGGGGUACAAUAAAUACUGACAUGACAUGCGAUAUCACCACAAGACAUGAUGUUGGAAUAUGAAAGAGGCUGUGUGUAGAAUUAUCUCAUUUAUAUAUCACUGUGAAAUUAAUGGUGGCAACACAUGUCGAUUUAUUGGGCUUUAUGUCUUUGAUGUCUCCCUCUUCAGUGAAAAUCAAUAUUUAAUAAUCACUGAACCAAAUGAAGCUGACAAAAUGUGAAACAGAAAGCACUUUGCAGAACUUAUAUAUUUAAUAUUCCACUAAUGGUUGUUAUCACAUUGAAUUUUACAAUACAUUUGGUCCUUCACAGGUUACUUUUAGUUGUACUGUAAUAGGCAGUUUUUAUGACUGUCAGCUAUAAUCCAAAAACUCUUUGUCAAAUAAAAAUGGUUUUGAUUCAUGUU